GAGAAUCUCGUCUCAUUGUAACCUUUCGCUUUCCUCCCGCAUCACUUUCUCCCUUCUUCUCACCGCCGACUUUGUUUCCUUUCGCUUUCUUCUACGCUUGCUUACGAAGAUGCGUCCAUGGAAAGGAUGAAAGCAUGCGCGUCCUCAUAUAAAAGUCCGUUGUUUGUCGCAUGGUCGCAGUCUUCUCCAGCUUCCCCUGGUGUUCCUAAGUCCUCGGUCGCCGGUCCUCUGUUGGAGUAACAUCCUAGACGUUCCAUCCCCUUGGUGAAUAACCAUGUCUUGCACGAGGUACAUCGUUUUGUUGACAGGUCUUCUGGUAGCUGCCUUCGCGGCCUCCACAGUCAAGAGGAGCAAGCGCCAAGCCUACGAACUCCCCGACGGGUCUCACCUUCUCCUCUACCGUCCUCUGUCUCCCACGUUCCGCUGUCCAGGCGACGGCUACUACGCCGAUGUGGACAACAAUUGCCAGAUCUUCCACGUGUGCCACACGGUGACCCGCCCCGACGGCUCCAGCCAGUUCCAGCAGUACAGCUUCCUGUGCGGCAACCAGACCGUAUUCAACCAGCUGUCCCUCACCUGCGCCCACCCCGAGGAUGCUGUACCGUGCCAAAGUGCUCCAGACUUCUUCUACCUGAACAGCUACAUCGGAGUCGAAAACGCUCCUUUCCUGAAUGACGACGACGUUGCACGUGGCGAGGCUUACAAAAAUGGGAGGAAGUAAGGGAGAUCGUUUGUGAAAAUGUGUAGUGAAAUUUCCGGUUGUGUCCAAGCGUUGCGCCUUCAGAGAACAAAAGAGCUGAUGAAAUACUCCAUGUCUUGCCGUACGGAUGGCAGACGUACCUUGGACUGAAAAGAGCUCAUAAAGAGGUUGCUCGAAGCAUCCGUCCCUGGCGCGUUUCUUGAAAAAGAGUCAAAAGUUGGGCCUGUUCGUACAUAACUCAAUGCGUCUUUUCUGCGCCUUUUGCCGCUAGUUUUCCUUAUUCAAUCUUGAAAGAAUAUAGCCAUUCCGCUUUUACGUUUCGGUCCAUCUGGGUUAUCGUUGCUACGUCAUUUACCUUCAGUACAUUACCUCUACUCUGGUUCAAAUGAGAGUAAUAGCGGUCUCUUCUUUGAGAGUUUCUAGACGACCACCAGUUCCGAUGAUAGCACAGUCAAGGCAUCACUAGGGCGCUGAGAACAGGAAGCGCGGUAACGUUUCUUGCCUCACUGGCAGGCAUCGUGACCGAGGUAUUCCACACUGUUCCCUUAAAUAUGCAAUGUCCAGGGCAACACAUCGCUGCCUCGAUGGCAGUAAUAAAGUACAUACCCAACAUUCGUACGUAUCUUUUGGCACAGACACAGUAGUUUGGUGGUCGGAACUGCACAUAGAAAUUAUAAACGCCAUCAUUGCUACGUUAAAAUAUUGCGCUUCUAGAUAUGUAUUCUUCUAAGCAAAUCGACGCUCUCAAGCACUCUAAAGUCCCCGGAUCAGGGUUUUUCGAACAUCCAGCCUGCUCUUAGUUUCGUUCUCACUUCGGCCUUUCUUUUUGCUUUCAUAGUCACGAAAGUGUUGUCCAGCCCAGGUUUCUUGUCUCUUGCCAUGUUAAUCGAGGGCGUGACUCGGUCUUCAGUCGGUUGACGAAACUACGCUCAUUCGAGGGUGACACAUCGCUUCCAGGGAAGAGUUCUUUUCAGUCCCAAACUUUGUGUCAGUAACGGGACGAAACGCAGAGCUGCUGUUUAUUAUUAUUAUUUGUAGGUUAGGAGAUGUCGUUAAGAGAUGUAGGUUAAGUAGUUGUAAGUUGUAGAUGACUGGGUGUAGAUCAUCUUCCUUGCACUCGUGAUUGGUGUUGGACUUCGCCUUGCUGUGGUGGCUUAGAUUGAUGAAACCUUGAACGAUAUGAAUGACUCUGUUAGUUUAUGCCUGUGAUGUCUCAAACGGCGCCCUGAGCCACUCUCAAUUUGCACUUAUUUGCAGCGCUAUUCACAUUAAAACGUGUGUGAUUGUAAGUAUAGCAACAAAAAUGUGUGCGAAAAUAUUGAAACUGCAUGGUAGAGGAGUAUCGCCAAGAACGUUGCAUAAUGCGAAUGAGUUAAACAUGAACGCUAUCACAAUGCUAUCAAGUUUGUCCGCUUUUGAGAAAUCCUAUUCUUUCGUUGUGUUGUGAAACGUGACGGCGUUGCAUGUUUUGAGUUACCACCAGUGGUUUAUCCAGAAUCGCGAGCACGGGGGGUGUUGCAAAAAUAUGGGGGGGGGGUCAAUAUUACAGUGACGCUCUAACGGCUUUAUGUGACAUUGCCGACAUGUGUCUAACACUGAAAGAACAAAGGCCUACCUGCAGGGGGUGCACAAAAGAAGACGUUCGGAGGGGUGUCGCCAAAAAGUUUGGGGGGGGGGAGGGGUAGCGGGGUGUAGGGAGGUCUGGACAAAUCACUGGCUACCGCUGUGCUACUAAACCAUUGACAAUUGAGUGCUUACACGCACUGAAGAACAGGACAGACCCAAACACACGCGUGUGCCUGAAGAUUUAAUGACAACAAGCAAUACACUGCACAACACGAGGAUACCCCUCACGCUUCGCCCUCAGCCUGUCCCAGUUAUCACGGGGGGACGUAACCACUUCAAAAUUCGCACAGACCCUGAUAAGAUCUCCAUUUCCCUGUGAGACAGAGCUAUACGAAUUCCCCACUAAUGCAACUAGCACGAUCCAUGUCAAUAAACGUGGCCUCAAUCAACUCCCGUUUUUCAUUAUCUUUUUUUUUUCUUUUCGAUAGAACACUUUAACGUGAUCGAACCUGGCAUGGCACCCACAUGUCCGCAAAUGAGCGUGAAUGCCCAAAGGGAGCUUCUAUCUCCAUCGGGUUCCGAUGUGCGUUAGCACUCAUUUGUCAAGGGGUCUAGUACUACAAGCUAGCUGUUUUUGUUUUUCUCUUCUUACCGCGCUACUCUUUCGUGCCUACUAUAGGCUGUGAACUUUGAAAAUCCUCUAAUGCAUCAUGUAUGAGGUCUAGCUCUCGUUCCUCACCCCUCUACACCCUCUUACACUCCUCACAUCCCCCAAGAAAAAAAAAGAAAAUGUUUCUCACGCCACUUCGCCAUAUACUGCGUGUAUUUCUGUCUUCGUUGCUAAAUAGAACAAGUAAGAACAUGUUACAUGUAUGCGUGGGCACUCGCUGUUUGUUUGUCUUGUCAUGUACCAAACAUAUACACUAUUUUCAGUUGUUUCGUGUUUGCAUCGUUAAUUUAUGGUUCACCUCACUCAUUCCUGCUUAUAUGAUCUGCUUAGUAUUUCUAACGCAUGGUUAAGCUUCAUUGUAACCAGCAUUCCCUUCUACGUUUUGUGUGACUGAUCCCUCUGUGUCUUUGCCGCAUUUACAUAUCAGUGUUUCAUUUCAUUUCUUGCUUUUUGUGAUCGCAAUAUAAACGCAAUGUGUGUUUAUACGUCGUGCUGCAUCGUGUAUUGCUUCGCCUGCAUCUCUGCGAAAAUAGGAAGCUUCUACGGCAUGCUUUCAUUUACGCUUCCUUUAAUUUCAAUACAUUUCGAACGCAACUUCCUUCUUCUCGUUGUGCGUUGCAUAAGUGCCUUGACAUUGGGGUGUUAGGGCAUGUGUGGAUUAUCGCGUGGUGGUGUUACAUGUGAAAGAGAUAAACAGGUGGACAGUACUUUAUGAGCUUGCAAGGCGUAAUGUAUUUUGCGGGACACAUUAUUCUUCAUAGGUCGAGGUAUGCAGUUUAGACACGCUUGUGUUUUCGACACAUGUUGCUUUCGUGCGAGGAACCAAAAAAUAAGAAUAACGAAAUAUGAUGACAAAAAUAAAAUGGUGUCAGUA